AUGAGCUCCGGAAGUGCUAAGCCCAAGAUUCUCCUCCUGGGGGAUAUCGACCAGUGCGUUGACCCCACCAAUUCCGCACACCAAUCCUGGAAUGCACUGGGUGAGCUGGGAGAACUGGUUAAGCCCACGGCAACCAACCGCGCCGAGUUCCUCCAAGAAUGCCAAAGCGGGAAAUUCGAGGGCGCUGUCGCGGCUUACCGCACCUUCUUUUCCGUCAAGAUCACUGGGCUGGUGGACGAAGAGAUUGUGAAUGCGCUGCCCAACUCGCUGAAAUACCUUGCGCACUGCGGUGCCGGGUAUGACCAGGUCGAUGUUCAUGCAUGCAGCGCGCGCAACCCUCCAAUUCGGGUGUCCAAUGUCCCAACUGCGGUGGAUGAUGCCACAGCUGAUGUGAACAUGUUUCUGAUUAUCGGCGCACUGCGCAACUUCAACACGGGCAUGCAUGCUCUUCGUGAAGGGAAAUGGCGCGGUCAGCCGGCACCACCUCUCGGCCACGAUCCUCAAGGAAAGGUCCUCGGUAUUUUGGGUAUGGGUGGUAUUGGACGCAACCUGAAGAAAAAGGCCGAGGCUUUUGGGAUGAAGGUCAUUUACCACAACCGCCGCGAGCUGAAUGAGGAGCUUGCCGCUGGGGCACAGUAUGUUUCCUUCGACGAGCUCUUGUCGACCAGUGAUGUGAUCAGCUUGAACCUGCCAUUGAACGCUGACCGAUUCAAGAAAAACACCCGCCAUAUUAUCAGCAAGGCCGAAUUCGCCAAGAUGAAGAAUGGCGUGGUCGUGGUGAACACUGCUCGCGGCGCCGUCAUUGACGAAGCGGCCUUGGUCGACGCCUUGGACAGUGGCAAGGUGUUCUCCGCUGGCUUGGACGUGUUUGAGGAAGAGCCUAAAAUCCACCCGGGACUGGUGCGCAACACGAAUGUCAUCCUGGUUCCUCAUAUGGGCACUUGGACCAAGGAGACGCAAACUGCUAUGGAGGAAUGGGCCAUUGAAAACAUUCGCCUAGCUUUGGCGGGUGGUAAGCUCAAGAGCCCUGUUCCUGAACAGGCUGGUCUGUAA